AUGUGGGCCGUGUCAUUCGGCACACUUCCCCCGGCGGACUACACCUUUUCGAACAAUACAGAAAUUAAGACCAUCGAUCCGGCGAUUGUUACAGGUGCACCCGAGGGGCGCGUAAUUCGCGGGCUAUUCGAAGGUUUGGUGAAUUGGGACCCGGAAGAUCUGCACCCGAUUCCCGGUGUCGCCGAGAGUUGGGAAAUUUCCGACGAUCAACUGACCUACACCUUCAACAUCCGCGAGGAAGCCCGUUGGUCGGACGGUACGCCGAUGACCGCCGACGACUUUGUGUACUCGUUCCGUCGAUUUCUGCAUCCCAAGACCGCGGCUGAAUACGCGUACCAGUUGUUCUACGUCGAUCGGGCACGCGACUUCACCGAGGGCAUCGUUCAAGUUGGCGAUCGGGUUGAAGUCGAACUUUACGAGAGGCCCAAAGGGGCGUUGCCCGGAGCCCCAGGCACGAUUCUUCACGGCACGCUGGUCGACGUCGAUCCACCGCUUCCAGUACAAGAUGAAAUCGGCGAUGAGUCGGCGGCCGACAUCGAUGGCGAUGUGGUGCGAACCUACACGGUCGAAGUCGACGGGGAGAGCCGCAAGUUUCGCAAGUUGGGCGAUACGACGGCUACCAAAGCUGAAGACGGUGCUGAGAACUACGCAUGGUUGUUGCUCGACUUCGAUGAAGUGGCGAUCCAUGCCCUCAGCGACCAUAAGCUAGAGAUCAAACUCGAAAGCACGACCCCGUAUUUCCUCAGCCUGUUGGGAUUUUACCCGUUAUUCCCGGUGAACAAGCUCUGCGUGGAGACGUACCCGUUCCCCGAGUGGACGAAGCCUGAGAAUUUGAUCUGCAACGGACCGUUUCUGUUGGAAAGCCGUCGGAUUCGCGAUCGAAUACGCAUGGUGAAGAACCCGACGUACUGGAACAAGGAGAACGUGCAUUUCAACGUCGUCGACGUUCUGGCCGUACAGUCGGAGACGACGGCGAUGAAUAUGUACCUCACAGGGCAGAUGGAUCGGGUGACCCAGGUUCCGGCGACGAUCACACCCGAGCUGCUCGCCCAGGACCGCCCUGACUUCCAGCCCACGCCGUUUUUCGGGACCUACUACUAUCGCAUCAACACCGAACGGCCCCCGCUUGACGAUCCGCGUGUUCGCAAAGCACUCAGCAUGGCGAUUGAUCGCCGCGAGUUGGUCGAAAAGGUGACCAAGGCUGGGCAAAAACCCUCGCUCAGCUUCGUGCCACCUGGGGUGAAAGGUUACACCCAGGCCACAUGUCACGGGUUCGACCCUGAAGGGGCCCGCAAGCUGCUGGCCGAGGCUGGCUAUGCUGACGGCAAAGGGUUCUCCAUCUCAUUCGAGAUCAUGUACAACACAAACGAGGCCCACAAAGCGAUUGCCGAACUCAUUCAAUCGCAGUGGAAGAAGUACCUGGGCAUCGAUGUCAAACUCCAGAACCAGGAAUGGGCGGUCUAUCUCAGUAAUUCACGCCAGAUGAAGUAUUGGGUUGCCCGAGCCGCGUGGAUUGGCGAUUACCUCGACCCCAACACGUUCCUAGAUAUGUUCGUCACCGAUGGGGCCAACAACCAGACGGGUUGGUCGAACAUUGAGUACGAUCGACUCAUCGCCGAGGCUGCUCGCGAGAGCGAUUCCGAGAAGCGAUUCCAGAUGCUGCACGAUGCUGAACAGAUCUUGAUGGACGAACUGCCGGUGAUUCCCAUCUACAACUAUGUUACAACCGGCAUGGUUCGGCCGUACGUCAAAGGGUACUACCCGAACGUACAGGACGUACAUCCCUAUGUUGGGAUGCGCAUCGAUGAAGAGGAGAAGCAGCGCGUGCUGGAAGCCAUCGAAGCGAACAUUAAGGCGCGUUACCACCUCGAUGAACCUUUGCCCCAGCAAUACAUCCGCGAGCUGUGGAACUUUGUCCGUCUCGACCUGGGCUACAGCUUCAAACUGGCCGACUUUACGGUCAAUGAGAUUAUCGCACAGGGGUUUCCGAUUUCAGCCACACUUGGGUUGGUGGCGUUGUUCAUCGCUUUGACGAUGGGGCUCUCCGCGGGAAUUAUCUCCGCGGUUCGCAGGCAAUCGGUUCUCGACAUCAGCCUAAUGUCGAUCGCCACGAUCGGCAUCGCGCUGCCUAACUUUGUGAUCGCCGGCAUUUUGAUCAUUCUUUUUGUGUUCAUCUGGCCCAUCUUCCCGGCGGCCGGCUGGGGAAGUUUCAGUCAGUUGGUUCUCCCCGGGUUUUGCCUGGGGGCCCCUUAUGCCGCAUACAUCGCCCGGUUGACUCGCACGGGCCUACUCGAUGUGCUGCAUCAGGAUUACAUUCGCACGGCCUAUGCCAAAGGAGUGCAGACCCCCACGGUUGUGGUUCGCCACGCGUUGAAGGGCGCCUUGCUGCCGGUGGUUUCUUUCCUGGGGCCGGCCAUCGCCGGGAUUGUCUCCGGUUCGCUGGUCGUCGAACAAAUCUUUGCCAUCCCCGGCAUUGGAGUUCAUUUCAUCAACGCCGCCACCCAACGCGACUAUACGUUGGCCAUGGGCGUGAUCAUGCUCUAUGCGACGCUGAUCUAUUUGAUCGAGCAGCAAGCCCUCCCAUCAUCCAUCGAAUCGGACAAAGACCUCCGUCAGUACGAGCGUCUGUUCGCCGAAGCGCAGCGGAUCAAAGGUGUCUCGUUGGGUCGCGAUGCCUGGCGGCGUCUACGCCGUAAUCCGGCUGCGAUGAUUUCGCUGGGUAUCUUGGUAGUGAUCAGCCUCCUGGCGUUCUUUACGCCGAUGUUGCCGCUGCAAUCGCCGCGACAGGUUGAUACCUCUCGCACUUUUCAGGCACCUACCACAGAGAACCUUUGGGUCGACCAUUUCGACCUGGGAGAUGCCGAGCCGGGUUCGGAGGAGUGGGACACGCAGUUCAAAGAGGAACUCGAUCGUCAGUACGGAAAGGUCAAUCGCCUUACCCGGCUAUUCACUCGCAUUCGUGUGGCCAUCUUUGGUGAAAAAGCCCUGGGGUCUGUUUGUGGUACCGACGAACUUGGUCGAGACCUGCUCGCCCGUCUGUUUUGGGGCGCACGCAUUUCGCUGCUGGUGGGUGUGGUCGCCACGUUGGUCUCGCUGGUGAUCGGCGUUUCCUACGGGGCGAUCUCCGGUUAUUUGGGCGGACGCAUCGACAACUUCAUGAUGCGAAUCGUCGAUGUGCUAUACGCCAUUCCGUUCAUCUUCGUCGUCAUCUUUCUCAUCACAAUCUUGAGCGAAGAUUCGAUCAAAACGUGGCUGCUCGAUCAUGGCAUCGAUCGCAUCACGAUCUUUUUCUUUGUCGUGGGGGCCAUCUAUUGGCUCACUAUGGCCCGUGUGGUGCGUGGGCAGAUCAUCUCUCUGAAAGAGGAACAGUUCAUCGAGGCGGCACGUACGAUCGGGGCGAACCGCGUUCGCAUCAUCUUCCUGCACUUGGUGCCGAAUCUGUUUAGCGUGAUCAUCGUUUACCUCACAUUGACCAUCCCCCGUGUGAUGCUGUUUGAGGCCUUCCUGUCAUUUCUCGGGCUGGGCGUCGAGCCGCCGGAUGUUUCCUGGGGGCUGUUGGCGAAUGAGGGGCUCAAGGUGAUCACCCCGGUGAAGAUCUACUGGUGGUUGGUUGUGUAUCCGGGCUUUGCAUUGGGGAUCACGCUGUUUGCCUUGAACUUUCUGGGCGACGGGCUUCGCGCCGUCGAUGGCAUUUCGUUCUCGAUCGAACGCGGAGAAACCCUCGGCAUAGUCGGCGAAUCGGGCUCGGGUAAGUCCGUCACUAAUCUGGCCAUCAUGGGAUUGGUGCCCAAACCGCCUGGGAACAUUGCCUCGGGUACGGCCAUGUUCGACGGGCAAGACUUGCUGAAGCUGCCCGAGCCGAAACUCUCCAAGAUUCGAGGGCGGCGGAUCGCGAUGAUCUUUCAAGAUCCGAUGACCUCGCUGAACCCUUACCUCACGGUCGCCCAGCAGUUGACCGAGAUGACGCGAUUGCAUCUGGGGCACACACGGAAGCAGGCCCUCGACCACGCGAUCCGCAUGCUGGAUCGAGUCGGCAUUCCCUCGCCGGGCAAGCGGAUUCACAACUAUCCCCACCAAUUCUCCGGCGGGAUGCGGCAACGGGUGAUGAUCGCGAUGGCCCUCUCGUGUGACCCCGACCUGUUGAUUGCCGACGAACCGACGACCGCACUGGAUGUGACGAUACAGGCCCAGAUCCUCGACCUGAUGAGGGAAAUCCAACAGGACAUGGGCACGGCCAUCAUUCUCAUCACCCAUGAUCUUGGCGUAGUGGCUAACGCUUGCCACCGUGUGAAUGUGAUGUACGCCGGGCGGUUCGUAGAAGAGGCCGGCGUUGAUGCUUUGUUCGCCGAUCCACGGCACCCGUACACGUUGGGCCUCCUGAAGUCGAUUCCACGGAUCGACGAAAAGUCGGAAGCCGAACUCACGCCGAUUGAAGGCCAGCCGCCGGACCUCACCGAACUCGGCGAAGGCUGCUCGUUCCGCGCCCGAUGUCCCUUUGCCAUCGAGCAGUGCUUUGCUGAGGCACCGCCUCGCACAUCUGCACCGCACGGUGGGCAUAUUCGCCCCACGGCCACGGCCGCAGUGUCUGCCGACACCGGGAAUCGUCCCGCUCCCCUGUUGCAGGUCCGCGACUUGAAGGUCCAUUUCCCACAGCGGCAUGGGCCGAUUUGGAAACGUGAGACCACGGUCAUCCGCGCGGUGGACGGGAUUUCGUUUUCGGUAAAGGAAGGAGAAACGUUGGGACUUGUCGGCGAGUCGGGCUGCGGAAAGUCGACCACGGCUCGGGCCAUCUUGAAUUUGAUACCGCCCACCUCCGGUGAGGUAAUUUUCGACGGGCAUCCGAUCGAUGGGUUAGAUGAAUCGGAGAUGGGCGAGUACCGCCAGCAGAUGCAGAUGAUCUUUCAAGAUCCAUUCGCAUCGCUGAACCCCCGGAUGACCGUGGGCCGUACGAUUGCCGAGCCGAUGCACAUCUUCAAUCUUCGCCCCCGUCGCGAACGUCCCUUGGAAGUGAUGCGGUUGAUGGACACUGUGGGGCUGGACCCUAAGUUCUUAAACCGCUACCCGCAUGAGUUCUCUGGCGGGCAGCGACAGCGGAUCGGUGUCGCUCGGGCACUGGCCGUAAACCCGAGGCUGAUCUUUUGUGAUGAGCCGGUGUCGGCGCUCGAUGUGUCGAUUCAAGCCCAGGUGGUCAACCUGCUGGUUAAACUUCAGGACGAGUUCAACCUGACCUAUGUGUUCAUCGCCCACGAUCUGUCGGUGGUGCGACACAUUUCUGAUCGCGUGGCCGUGAUGUACCUGGGUCGCAUCGUCGAGUUGGCCGAUACGAACGAGUUGUAUUCCAAUCCUAAGCACCCUUACACGCAGGCCUUGCUCUCGGCGGUGCCCAUCCCCGAUCCGCCGGUGGAACGCACACGCGAGCGAACGAAACUGAAAGGCGAGAUCCCCUCGCCCGAUCGUGUGUAUUCUGGUUGCCCGUUCAUUGACCGCUGCCCGAUUGGCGACCCCAGUUGUGCUGAAAGGCCACCUCGACUCGAGGGCGAUAUCUACCUGGUUCCGAUUCACCGGCUCGAUCGUCCUGUUUCCGGAGCGUUGCUGUUCGCCCGAAAUGUUCGGGUGGCCAAAAGAUUGGGGCACCAGUUCGAGCGACGUCAGGUUCGCAAGAUGUACUGGGCCUGCGUUUCAGGCGAAGUUGAAGAACCCACAGGCACCUGGACCGACUACCUGCGGAAAGUACCCGGCGAAGCGCGAGCCGAGGUGGUCUCCGAGGAUCAUCCCGAGGGUCGCAUCGCGAUUCUGCACUAUCGAGCGCUUGCCACGGGGUCUUUCGGCACGUGGCUGGAAGUCACCCUGGAAACCGGGCGGACCCAUCAGAUUCGCGUGCAGGCGGCAAGCCGAGGGCUCCCGGUGCUGGGCGAUCAGCAGUAUGGCUCGCCCGUAGCGUUCGGCCCUCAGACCGAAGACAUCCGCCAGCGGGCCAUUGCCCUUCAUGGCCGGAUGCUGCAGUUCAAGCAUCCCCAGACCGAGCAGAUCGUGCGUGUUACUGCACGAUGCGAUGAAAACUGGCUGCAGUUGAAUCUUCCAGCCGAGGAAGACAUCGCACAAAGUCGAUUUAUAAGAUCGAGCGCCAUGAUGGAUUCCAGCAACGAUCUUCUUGAACGAUUCGCCUCCGGGCAGCGCCGCGCGCUGGCCGAAAUCCUGUCCAAAGUUGAGAACGGCACUGCGCCAGAGCCACCUAAAACCGACCAUAACUGCCGGGUGGUGGGUAUCACCGGCAGUGGCGGAGCGGGGAAGAGCACCCUGGUGGGGGCGCUCAUCAAAUACCUCCGAAGCCAGGGGUUGAAAGUAGCCGUGUUGGCUUCCGACCCACAAAGCCCGCUCUCGGGCGGGGCGCUGCUGGGCGAUCGGAUUCGGGUUGAAUUCGACCCGGCUGACGACGGGGUUUUCUUUCGCAGUUUGUCCACCCGUGGGGCAUUGGGUGGGCUGUCUGAUGCAAUUCAACCUUCGCUACCCUGGCUGGCUGCAUUUGGUUUCGACGUGGUGCUGGUCGAAACGGUCGGCGUGGGGCAAGAUCAGGCCGCCGUGCGAAAGGUUGUCGACACUUUAGUACUGCUGGUCACUCCCAAUACCGGCGAUGAAGUGCAAUGGGAGAAGGCCGGACUAAUUGAAGUAGCCGACUUAGUCGUGGUGAACAAGUCCGACUUGCCGGGGGCGGGGCGAGUUCGUCAACAACUCACCUCGUCGCUUACGCUGGUGCCCACUGCUAAGCCGGUACCUAUUCUCCCCGUCACGGCCUUGAAGAACGAAGGCAUCGCCGAGCUGUGGCAAGCCAUCGUCGAUGACCAAGCAAUUAAGGAUUAG